AUGGUGACCUGCAUCGUUUGCGGACUCGGCUUUGAGCCUCGCCAUCCAUGGAUGCAACGACGGCGUCUUUUGUACGCAACGCGUGAUGACUCUCCUCGUAUCUCAGCUACCCACCGCUUGGACCGGAACCACAAAGUUCGAUCUUCAACGGCUGGAAAGUUUCUCCGCUGUGAGAUAUUCCCAGGCGCUCUGGACGACAAGCACUUCCGCGACCACCCUUUGGAGGUUGACGAAGAGCCCUUUUACAGAGCCUGCUUAUCGUUCCCAUAUGGGCAAAUUACAGGAUACAGACCCCGCCGGUUCCUUGACUUUGGCCACGCCUACGGUGGUGAGAUUGUCCCCAGGCCGCCAAGCAUCACUUCUCAUUGCAAAGUGACGGGUGAGGCGCAUGCAGCUUUCCCAGAAAAUUAUUCGAACGUGGAAGAGCCGACAAUAUUUGAUAUCCUCAAAAUUGCGUCAUCAACAACCGAUCGUCAAGAGACUUUGGCGCUACCCGGAGUCGGGAGGGAUGUGUUCGCAACUCUACCACCUGAGCUCCUUCUCAUGAUCUUGGGCUUCCUCGACUGGGAUGAUGUGGUCGCAUUCAGGCAGGCAUCGCGCGUCGCUAUCUUUGCUCCCCUGGGCGAUGAGUUCUUCAGAGCCCGCUUCUACGACGGCGGAGAGUUUGAGUAUGUUCACGAAGCACGCCAGCACUUCUCGGACGAGCCUCUCAGAACGAAAUGGAGAAGGGUGUUUCUAUUCUGCCACAAGACUAGGAAUAGGAAAACCCAGAAGUUUCAACAGAAGAAGCGCAUCUUUGAGGUCCUGCAGAACACCAACAAACUCAUCGACAAGGCCAUGUCUGGAGAUUGUCAAGGCACUCCCCUGUGGUCACAUAUCAAGCCUUCUGAACCAACAAUCGAGAUCGUCAAUAAAUUUUUCCAGCAACAGACAGUUACACGGGUGUUGGAACAGUCCUCUUUUCGCGAUCAUUUCUGCUGUGGCUCCCGCGAUAUCUUCGGCCGGAAGGUCAUUAUACCCGGCGAUGGCGUUCGAGUUCAUGUGUGGACGGUCGAGUUGAACGGCUGCAUCUAUGUUUCGGGCCUCGGAUUGGAGAGCCAAAGCGGCGUUGAAAACCUUGGGUACUGUUCUGGCGAACCCGAUUUCGCACUGGCAUUCCCAACCGAUGACGUGCCUAGUGAUGGUCCAGGCUGUUUGCCUAUCGUGGGUCUCGGCAUCCGUCUCGCUUUAGAUGACAAAGGGAUCCGGGGUCUAGCCCUGCAGACACGUCACUGUGUAUCCGAGUGGGUGGGCACCCAUGCCGAUUUCGCCAAGAAGGCUCUCCUACUGGGAGCUGAGGAGUUUGAGGGCGACAGGGGCAUGACUCUGCAGGCUACAUUUGAUGCUUUCAAGAUAGUCAGUAUGGCAGUGUCCAAGCACCCUGGUCGACCUUAUUCAUCCGGCCACCGGCUCGAUUACGAAUGGCUGCCCGACAUCCCGCCUCCCCAUCUCCGUAUUGGAGCCACCGGGCUCUGUAGUAUGAUCCCACGCGCCUCUCGAUGGAUGCUCUUCCCUGGUGCUGAGAAGCCUGCAUCCCAGCGACUGUCCCGGAUCCGUAUCUGGAUUGCUAGGACGCGGCCAGGGGAGCACCAUGGGAGAUCGAUCCUCGCGAUAGAAUUCUCCAGCAGAUGUGAUCAACUCGCCUUUUUUGGACGCAGGACGGCUGAUCAGUGGUGGUCUGUAGACUAUGAUGUGUUUGACAUGGACCCGGACGCCAACGAGGUGAUCACCAAGAUGUCACUCAGAGGCGUUCGCGCAGCCACAUCCUUCACGAUGCACACAAGCCUGCAUCGGGAGUGCACAUUCCCUCACAGCUGGAGCACUGAGAAGUAUACCGUAGAGACCCCAGAGAGUUGCGAUGUGGUGGGAUUCUGGGCCAGUCAGGACGGAAUGGGCUACAUCUUCAAUUUCGGUUUCAUUUGUGAGCUGCACGCCUCGAGGCACUAUCAUGUCGACUCAGACACUUGGAGUGACAUCCGAAACCUUAUCUGA